GACUUGGCGCUCAACGUCUACUGCAUCCACUACACACCGCUCGGUUUGCUCGGAUCACCAGUUGCUAUAUCCAUCACCUACUGGCUCUGUUUCUCCCUGUUGUGUCUCUAUACAUACCUGUCGCCCACCCAUCGCCGCAAUCAGACCUGGAUCGGGAUCCGUCUCGCCACCGUCUUCGACAUCAAGAGCUGUGCCUUCUUCCUCAAACUCGCGAUCCCCGGCAUUUUUAUGGUAGGAACAGAAUGGCAAGUCGAUCGAUGCAUCGCGAUUCGCCGUGAAUCUUGGGCUGCGUUUGAAAUCGUCGCACUAGCGGCUGGGCGGCUCAGUUCCCUAUCGCUCGCCGCGCAGUCUGUGAUCAUGACCACCGACCAAAUCCUCAACACAAUCCCGUUCGGGAUAGGCGUGGCUGCCUCCGCACGAGUCGGGAAUCUGAUCGGGGCACGAGACGCAGCGGGUGCGAAACGCGCGAGCCAUGCCUCUGCGUUCCUCAGCGUCGUCGUGGGAUGUGUCGUCAUGACCGUCAUGAUUGCGACACGGAACGUCUUCGGUUUCCUGUUCAGCGACGAUACAGACGUGGUGGCGCUCGUGAGCAGGGUUAUGCCCUUCGUGGCUUCCUUCCAGAUCGCGGAUGGUCUAGCGGGUUCGUGUGGCGGCGUCCUUCGGGGGCAAGAUAAGCAGUCCGCGUCUCAAUUAAUAAGCCGCCAGCCUAACGCUAUUCGUCUGCCAGGGCGUCAGCACCUUGGGGCCAUGUUCAACCUCGUGGCGUACUACGUCCUUGCCCUGCCCCUCGGAAUCACUCUGGCGUUCCACCAGCGGACACACAUGGGCUUGCAGGGACUCUGGCUGGGCCAAGUGGUGGCGUUGUUUAUCGUCGGCCUCGGCGAGUACGCCGUCGUUUGGUUAGGCACCGACUGGGACAAAGAGAUCCAGUAUAGCAUCGAGCGCAACCGAGAAGAAGCGAAGCGCCGCCAG